GCGAAGCCAUCUCGACCGCUUUUGGUGAGACACGGGGAACCAGAAGGAGUCUGACCUGUCACCUGUGGUCGAAAUCAUGACAGUUGCGGCUGCGACCGUUGCAUGACCGAAUGGAGGGCUUGGUAGAUAAGCUGGGUCCGCCCAUGUCUUGCGACACAUUGGUUGCAAAAACUACUUGCAUACGGCCACACGUAAGCUCUGCGUCUGAUAGAUCAAUGCGCCUUUGAUCCCUCGCUCAGGCGCCCUCUCGACUCUCCGACUCAGCCGACUCCGACCUGAAGACAGCUUGUUACGCAUCGCCUCUCCGUCCGGAACAUCAAUCGCAAGACACAAUGGUCCUCUGGAAACGAAGCAUAUACUCGGUCGUGACACCGCUACCUCCCACCGUGAGCCGGGAGACAGCCGUCGCGAUGCUACACUCACACAGCGAGAUGAUCGAGCUGAACCCUUUGGUCAUUCGCCACGAGAAAUGCAAACCUCCUUCCACCGCACCAGCCGACGAGUUCCACGCAAUUUGGUACGAGCUCACGGAUCGCAUCACAUAUCUUCCUGGCCUCAAAGGCCAAGUCAGUUACAAGGCCUGCUUCCACGAUUUACCACGCGCUCUGCAAACUCAUGUCUACGCUCCUGCUGGUCUCGAGAUUAAAGAGAAAUGGAGCAUUGGCGGCAACGAACCUGGGGAAGAGCGCGAAGUCAUUGAACUUGGACACGGCCAUCUGGGCAUACCUCGAGAAGGACUAUAUCUACGCGAAGAUAUUGACAUGAGCUGCAACAUCUUCCUCACGAGCUUUGUCAAGAAGACUCUGAACAAGGCCCACAAUGUUCUCGUUCAGCGACUGGUCGUCAAGGCAGAUCUGGCAGACGACAAGAAAGUCCGAGACAAUUAUCGUCGUGGUUCGGUUCUCACAGGAACCAGCACGGCCAGCGGUCUCACUACAGGAACCAGUGCGGCCAGCAACCUCACAGUCACCUCGCCACGCACAUCUCUCAUGCACAGUCGAAGCCGCGGGAGCAUGGCAGAUCCGGAAAUCCGAAGUCCCAGCAGUAUGAGCGACCAUAGCUUUGCAGAAAGCACAACAUCAGCACCAACGAUACGUGGCGACAAUGCUGGAAGUCAGCCACUGCAAAGUAUCGCCGAGCUUGAGGCCAAUGAGAAACUCUGCGAUGCGAGAGGUGCGGUCUUCUCGAGUCAGCUUCAGCUUCCGCUAGCUUCCCCAGUCGAGAUGCCUUGACUGACGCUCCAUGACUGGGAAGCCAAGAGAGGGCCCCGAUCUCCCUUUAUCGUCUUGCGUAGGCUGAUUUCUGCUUCUUGUGCGAUUACUCUUCUUCUUUUUGUGAAUAUGGCUUACUAUCCUUUACUUGCUCGAUAUCCCAUGUUAUGUAUUUUCGUUUUGGAUGGAUACUUUCCCAAUUAAUCAAAGUCUUCGAUUCAGCUCCUGGUGUCAUGCCUACCAUGGCCACAAUCUAUUUUAACCUGUAGUGAUACGCAAAUGACCUUGAGAAACAAGAUAUACGUCCCUCGGGAGAUGGGACAAUUCGGGGGAAGCGCAGGAGAUAGACUUCGAAGGCGUGCAAAGCAUUUAUAAAGUAGCCCAAGACCGCGUCCCUUGCAUCAGUAUACUUCAGACUAAUAGCUUCCACAGACUCUCACAAAUCAUCAAGUUAAAAACGAC